AUGAGGAGUAAGAGUGCCAUGAAGUGGUUAGUGCUGCUGUCGCUGAUAGCGGCGCGCAUGGUGCAGCAGCCGACGCAGCCGGUGCGCACGCGCAGUGGCCUCGUGCGCGGCACCGUCAGUCGGAAUGGCAAGUUCUUCCAGUACUUCGGCAUCCCGUACGCUACUGUCGAUGAUAGCAAUCGAUUCCAGGCGCCGCUGCCGCCUCCCACGUGGACGGGGAUCUUCGACGCUGUCGACGAGAAUACCUGGUGCCCGCAGUACUCCUCAGGCAUCAUCAUCGGCAAGCCGAACUGCUUGAAGCUCAACGUCUACACCCCCACUCGGAUCACUAAACCUUUGCCCGUGAUGGUCUUCAUCCAUGGAGGAUGCUUCUUCAGCGGCACUGGAUCCCCAUUCCUUUAUGGAGGAGACUUCUUAGCAGAAAACAAUGUUGUCUUCGUCGGCAUUAAUUACAGGCUUGCUGUGGAAGGGUUCCUUUGCUUGGGUAUAAAAGAAGCACCAGGGAAUGCAGGGCUGAAGGACCAAAUUGCGGCUCUAAAAUGGAUUCAGCAGAACAUAGAGGCGUUCGGCGGCAACCCUAACGACGUUACGAUAUUUGGAGAAAGUGCCGGUGCUGUGUCUACUUCGUUUUUGAUGCUGUCUCCUGCUGCUAGGGGACUAUUUCAUAAAGCUAUACUACAAAGUGGCUCUUCAUUGGUCCCAUGGGGUCUUCAGCAUGACCCAAUCGGGACAGCCAGCGUUCUAGUCAAAAAGUUAGGUUAUGAUACCAAAGAUCCAAAAGAAAUUCAUAAAAUAUUAUCCAAUAAGUCAGCCAAAGAAAUACUGGACACUAUCAGUCAGUUUGAAGAUAAAUACUGCGUUGCUGAAAAAGAUUUGUUUGUUCCGUGCAUUGAAAAUCCAAUAGAAGGAGUGGAGCCCGUGGUGACGGAAUACCCGACUGAUAUCUUAAAGUCUGGCAACUACACUAAAGUGCCGAUGAUAAUAGGCUAUACAGACAUGGAAGGAAUAUAUUUCGCAGCAGCAGACUAUGGUACUAGUAUCAAAAACAAUUCAAAACCAAUCGAAAUCUUUAACUCACUGCAACCAGAUAUGGAGUUCCCGAGUGAGAUCGAGAAGAACUGCACAGGUGAGGUGAUAAAGCGUCACUACUUCUCGUCGUACGAGGCGGACCUGAUCACCAACAUGGUGGAGCUGUACUCGGACGUGCACUUCAAGAUCCCGCUAGUUCUGGAGUCGGAGCUGUACACGCGGACCUCGCACCAGCCUAUCUACUACUACUUGUUCCGGUACGGCGGGCUGAGGAACAUGCCCAAGAUAAUAUCGGGCUUCCACAACAUGGUGCAGGGCGCGUCACACGCGGACGAGCUGUUUUACCUAUUCAAGCCGCACGCGUUCCCCUUGCUGCACUCCGUGGAAAAGCACAUGAUCACCAGGAUGGUCACCAUGUGGACUAACUUCGCAAAAUAUACUGACCCCACUCCGCACCGCUCCCCACUGACCCCGUUCCGCUGGCAACCGUCUCGGCGCCACAACCCGACGGCGCUGAUCAUUGACUCCAAGCUGUCCACCGCUCCCCUGUGGGAGCACUCCUCCGUCAGACUAUGGAACGACACAUACAACAAGUACCGCAGGAAAAACUACGGAGUCAAGCAGUACCAGCAGGAUAAUAGCGUACUCUCUAUAGAUCACUUUAAGUCAUAACGUAAACUAUCAAUUUCCACUCGUCAUUCAUUCUGUUAAGAAACAAUUUGUGAAACUGAAAUAGUAUAAUCUAUCUGGAAGAUGACUAAUGCUAUAUGUAUAGGCUAAUCAUGACACUCUGGUACUCCACAAUUCGUCUACUCCAACAGUCGUCAAUUUUGAGACAAAUAUGAAGAUCCAACUCAGGCGCUUUAUAUGUAGAGGUAUAACACUACAAUCAGCUCAAGUUUGUCUAAGUGCCUGCGUCAUAGAUGCUGUAUGAAUGCAGCUACGAGUUUGUAUUUUGCUCAAAUACAUAUAUUAGGCACUUCUGAUCUCGCUCUAAGUCCCUACUUCUUAAAUAAUUUUAUUCAUUGUCAUACCGAUCUAUGCAUUAAGUUAUUAAUUAGUUUAUGUAAGGAAAACAUUUUGUGUUAUAUUUAUUACUGGUGAUUGUAUACCGGUAUUCAUACAUAUUGUUGAUAGAGUAAGUUUAUUUAAUUCAUUUAGGUGUGCAUUGGGAGGGCAGCCAUUGAACAUCUAUAUAAUUAUUUAUGAAAGAAUAAAAAAAAGUCCUCAACUUCAGAAUUUAGAUAAAAUUUGUUGUAUUUAUAUUAUCUUUAUGUCAUGAAUUAUGACG